AUGGCCUCAGGCGCAAGCAAACUGAUACCCAGCGAUCCGGAGAAGGUGAUGGUGAUACGGCGAGUGACUCCAGAUGUCGUUACCUUGAGCACACCCUUCCUCCGCUUUGGCAGAAUCAAGAUCGGCGGUAGAGGCACGCUCGUUCGUCUUCAGAGCGGAUCAGUCGCCGUCUUCUCGCCAGUCGUCUUGACCGAGAGCGUCAAGAAGGAGACAGAAACACUGGGUCAGCUCAAGUACAUCGUCGCUCCAGACCAAGAACACCACAUCUUCCUCGAGAGCUGGCACAAGGCAUACCCGGAAGCCCUCCUCAUAGGUCCAGAGACACUUCCAUCCUUGCGCGACAAACAAUCCUACUUCAAGAUCCCCUUCACCCACCUCACCAAGCCCAACACCCCCAUUUCCAUCUCGCCCGAAUUCGACGCCGAGUUCGACUGCGAGUACGUUCACGCCCACGGCAACAAAGAGCUCGUCUUCAACCACCGUCCCUCCAAAACCCUGAUCGAAGCCGACCUUCUCUUCAACCUCCCCGCUACGGAGCAGUUCAGCAAGUCCGGCGUAUCACCUACCAGCGGGAUCUUGACAAACAUCUUCAACGGACUGCAGAACACGAAGGGCGAGGCGAUUUGGCAGAAGAGGUCUUUGUGGUAUGCGCUGGCUGAGGAUAAGGAAGCGAUGAAUGCGAGCAUGGCGAGGAUUGCUGGGUGGGAUUUUGACAGGAUUGUGCCGUGUCAUGGAGAUGUUAUUGAGAAGGGCGGGAAGGGCAUUUUUGAGAAGAUUAUGAGUUGGCAUAUUGAGGCAGCGAAGAAGCAGGGAUAG